AUGGAGGGAGAAGGCGCCACGGGGGGGGUCGCGCUCCUGACCCGGGUCCUGCCGGGGGGGGGAGGGGACCGGAAGUUGGGGGGGGAGCCCCUGGCGGUGGGGGUUUCCCAGCUCCUGUUGGGGGCGCUGCAGUGCGCGCUGGGGGCGGGGCUGUUCGUGGCCCUGCAGCACCCGGUGGGGGCGGAGCUCGGGGCCCCCAUAGGGGCAGGAGCCGUGCUGAUGGUGUCGGGGGCGGUGCUGGUAGCGAUGGCGCAGAGGCCCUCUGUGGGGCUGGCGCGGGCAGCGCUGGCCCUGGGGGUCGUGGCCUCCAUCGGCUCCUUCCUGGCACUGGGGCUGCAGGGGCUGCUCCUGCCCCACACCUGCCCCACGUGCUACAACCUGGGGCCCUCCCACGAGGGGGCGCUGCUGGGCGCGCACGCGCUCCUGAUGACGUCAGCGGCGGCCGGGGCCGCCCUCGCCGUGACCGGGUCCGUGGCGGCCGCCAGGGGGCGCCCAAAGGCGGGGGGCGGGGCCGCCCGUUGUGAUCUACCAGACGUCACUUCCUGCGUCGGGGGGCGGGGCUUAAGCGAGGCCACGCCCCACCCCCCCUUCUGGCUCCGCCCCUCAAUAAAGGUCUAUGGGCGCUAUAGGGUGUUCCCCGCCCCCGGACGCAGCGCCCCCUAG